AUUGCCGUUUCCGGUUGCAGCGCUCCUCGUUUGAAAAGUGUUCGGUUAGGUGUAGGCUCGACCGCCAUUGUUAAAAGACGGUGUUCGCAAUGUUGCAGAAAGUGAAGUUUUGAGGAUAGCAAAAGUUUUCUAGAAGGUGUCCAAAAACAAUAUCGGCCUUUGUUUUUAAGAGCUCAAACAUGGCUCAGCGUGUUGCCUUACCAGAUGGAGGAAACAAGAAGACGUCCACGGUUCGGGUAGCGGUUCGUCUGCGGCCCUAUAUGGGCAAUCAAGAUGAGAAAGGCGAAGGACCCUGUGUCAGAGGCUUGGACUCAAAGAACCUGGAGAUAGUUAACUGGAGGAAUGCUACAGAAUCGGUCAAAUACCACUUCGAUGUUUUUCAUGGUGAACAAACAACACAGCAAGAGGUUUUCCUCUCAUCAGUGAAGCCCAUUCUACCACACAUACUGAAAGGACAAAAUGCCAGUGUCUUUACCUAUGGACCAACAGGAGCUGGUAAGACGCACACAAUGUUGGGCAGUUCAGAGCAGCCAGGCGUGAUCCCCCGGGCUGUCCGUGAAGUCUUCAAUCUGGUCAAAGCUAAGGAUGAAGAUGAAGGAUGGAACUACAGCAUUGGCAUGUCUUAUUUGGAAAUUUACAACGAGAAGGUGCUAGAUCUUCUAUCACCCGGCUCCCAGGAUUUGCCUAUCAGAGAGGACAAGGACAAGAACAUCCUUAUCCCCGGCCUCACUCACACAACAAUCUCCUCCUUCUCAGAUUUUGACAAACACUUUGUCCCUGCCAGCCUCAAUCGUACUACAGCUUCUACCAAACUAAACCAGCGCUCCAGCCGUAGCCACGCUAUCCUUCUCAUCAAGGUUGUACGAACUCAGCUUGCACUGCCCCACAGACAACAGACAGGAAAGCUGUAUUUGGUAGAUCUGGCUGGUUCUGAGGACAACCGCCGCACUGGCAACCAGGGCAUCCGUCUGAAGGAGAGUGGUGCCAUCAACCUGUCUCUCUUCACUCUCAGCAAAGUGGUGGACUCCCUUAACUCCGGCACUGCCGUCCGUGUACCAUACAGAGACAGUAAACUGACACGGCUGCUACAGGACUCUCUGGGCGGCUCGGCACACGCCGUCAUGAUCACCAACAUUGCGCCAGAGUACAAAUACUAUUUUGAUACCUUCAGUGCACUCAACUUUGCUGCCAAAUCCAAGCUCAUUGUGAACAAGCCCUUCACCCGUGAAACUGUGGCUGUGCCUGUACUGCCAGUGAAGCGGUCCAGAGAGAACCAUGAGGCAUGCGGUUCUGGCACUCUGCCACAGAAGAGGCAAAAAGAGGAGAGGAAAACGGAACAAGAUGGUUCUUCGCCCUCUGCACUUCAGAGCCUGUCAGAACCAUCUGUGAUGGACAGACUUAUAGCUCUGGAGAAGCUGAUGAUGAACUGCCAGGACAAAGAUAGACUCGACAUGCUGAAAGAUGUGGCCCAGUCUCGCAAGGAGAUCCAGGAGCUCAAAGAAAAGCAGAAGGAGUUUGAAAGCAAGGCAAUGCUAUUCAGCCGCCUGGCUGGAGGAAAGCCUGGUGCCAAACAGGAGCCUGACUUCAAGAACAACCUGGCUCCCCUGCAUAGAAAACACUCAAUUGCCACAAAACCCAAUAAGCAGCAGGCUGUGGUCCAACCCCUUCAAGUGUCCCAGCUCCAGCCACUUCAGCAGCUUGCGAUCGUCAAAAAACAGUCCGUCUGCGUCAAAAAAGAAAAGCUUCCAGACCAGGUUGAGCCUCCAGAUGGUAAAGAGAACAUUAAUACGAAUGGCUGGGAGUCCCAACUCGACACAUCGGUGCUGGAGCAGUCCAGACAUAAAAUCCUGCAGGUUCUCAACACCGGCUCCCUCAAAGAGCUGAAGGGUCUGCAGCAGAUCGGUGACAAGAAGGCAAAGCUCAUCUUGGGCUGGAGAGAGAUCCAUGGUCACUUCACAAAGUUAGAAGAUCUGGGAAAAGUUGAGGGUAUGACAGAAAAGAGGUUUUCCUCCUUCAUGAAGGCAAACAUCCUGAGUGCCAUGGGGAAAUGAUUUUUAUUUUUUUAUUAUACCAAUGUGUAAUGUAUAUGAUUUUUAUCUGUCUUUUAUGCUUGAUUUUGUGAUAUUUUUGUAGUUACUACUGUCUUCCAGCUGAUGGCGCAGUGUGACUUUUUAGUAAAUGUCUCUCAUGACAAUGAA